AUGUCCAUCUCCAACCCGGACCUCCCCUUCCGCCUGCAACGAGGCCUGCCGCUGCAGUCAUAUAAUCCCGACACAUUCUAUGUGACCUUCACCGACAAGGUCUACACCCAGUAUACCUUCAACAUGGAGUUCUUGGAAGCUAAAACCACAGCUGCUGAUUAG